AUGGCCCGCUACCCAGGAAUUCCAUAUAACAGUGACGCUGGCCCUGACGAGCAGUUAAUAGGGUGGGCUUGCGUUGGCAAUCUCACCGCCGUGGCUGCGAUUCUUGAGUCCCCCGAAGGAGUGGAUCUUCCUCAUUUUGGUGACACGGCGCUACAUGAGGCCAUCAGAUGGGAACAGCCAGACAUCCUCCGUUACCUGAUUUCCCGAGGGUUCGAUGUCAAUCAGAAAGGCGACGAGCCUUACGGUGAAGUUUGCCUGACACCUUUGCAUCUUGUCGCUGCGAACAACUCGUCCGAGAUGGUGGAUAUUUUGCUCGACGCAGGGGCAGAUGCAACGGUGGAUGACAUUGGAACAGAUGGACAUCGCGGCACCCUUGGGGGAAGGAUUAGCGAGCCACACACUCCUUUUAUGGCCGCAGCAUUCAAUGGCUCCGACGCUGUCAUACGGCGGUUGAUUGAUCGCCUACCCCCGGACGCGAUUAGCAGCCGUGAAUGGCCGCUCGCCAUCGCUGCAGCAGCAUCACACCGUUAUCCGAAGACGUUGGACAUUCUGCUCCGUAACUACCCUGCACCGGGGGUACCACAAGAUGUUCUUGACCGGGCUCUCGCUGAUGCCGCUGACUAUGAGGUGUACGACCUCUACUAUCCGAGGAUCCCGGACGAACCAGAGGUUGCCUGGCAAAGGGGAAUUGAGACGUUCCGGCUGUUACUUUCCCACGGGGCCCGCCCAAACGCAAAACCCCCAUUGUCAAUAUACAGACGCCCCUGGGUUAAGCACCGACCAAUCAUCUAUGCCACUAUUGAUUGCUCGAUGGGCUUGGAUAUGGUCGAUAUGCUCGUUGACCACGGCGUGGAUUUCCCCGAAGGAAGAAGCGGGGAAAUGAGCCUUUUCGCUCGCGCGGUGCGCAACGGGCACCCGGAUUUGGUUAGAUACUUCUUCGAGCGCGAAGGCGCCGUGAUAAACAUCAACGAAGAGAUCCCGCAGACGGGAUCCUUCCAAGGGGGUUCUUUGCUGCACGCCGCCGCGAGGAGUGGUCGUUUAUCGAGCGUACAGUUCCUGCUGGACCACGGUGCAGACCCCCUCAUGGUGAACGCCAACGGUUGGCUGCCAGUCCACCAAGCCUGUCAGCGUCGUCAUCUCGAUAUAAUUAAGCUGCUCUGGCCGCGCACGUGCCCUUGGUUCCCGGAUUUAGCGAAUUAUCGCACGAAGGACGGCCAAACUGCGUUCCAUCUCGCCAACUGCUGGUCCUCCUAUAGCCCGGAGGAUCCCGAGGUUGAGGCACAUAGCAUGCGCCUCUUUCAUUUCUUCAAAGAACAGGGGGCUGAUCUGAGUAGUCUCGAUGACCGAGGGCAAAGUAUCCUUCACUACACGCUGCCCCACUAUGAGGGCAUGAUUCCACGGUUCUGCACUUUUAUGGAGGCAGGAGCACAGUUGCGGGCCGAUUCUCAAGGCCAGACAGAGCUUCACCUUACUCUGCAUAAUCCAGACUGGGAGCUGGUCGGCCUGAGGUUCCUUUUGGCCCACGGUGCUGACAAGGAUAUCAACGCACAAGACAACAAGGGCCGCACGCCGCUGUAUUACUACCUGGAGACCCGCACCUAUACGCCGGGAAACGACCAAAGCGCUGGGCAAGUACGGGCGGUUGUUUUAGAUGUCCUGAUGAAAGUCGGGGCCGAUCCUGAUAUUCGUUCCGUUUCGGGCAAGUCUGCCAGGGAUCUCGUGCUCGAGAAAGGUGUUCCGUAUAAUCUUGAUGAGUAG